AUGCUCCCAAAGCUACUCAUUUCUGCUCUCCUCUUCUCUAUCACCAGCAAUGCACAGGCUCCAGUUGGUCUCGGCAGAGCUGGGGCCUAUCUGGUUCUUGCUGGCCAAACAGUGACAAACACAGGCCCAACGAUUGUUAGCGGAACAAUCCACUCUGCCGAUGCCAACGCAGCUGGAGCACAGUUUGAUCUGGUGACUGCAUAUAAUGAUGCAGCUGGCCGGGGACCUGCCACUAUUGAAUCCACAGACCUUGGUGGUCUAACCCUUGUUGCUGGUGUAUAUCAGUCUGUCCCAGGUAGAGGUCCAAUGAUGAUUACAACUGGUCGCACUCUCACGCUUGAUGCUCAAGGAGACCCGGACUCGGUUUGGAUCUUUCAGACCGAUUCCACUCUCAUUACUCAAAGCAGCUCGCGAGUCAUGUUGAUCAAUGGUGCCCAACCUUGCAAUGUCUUCUGGCAAGUGGGAAGCUCUGCAACCCUGGGGACAGGAAGCACUUUUGUUGGGACCAUCAUGGCACUCACUUCUAUCUCGGCUACCACCAAUGCGGUAAUUCAAGGACGCCUUCUUGCACGUAAUGGGCAAGUGAGUCUGGACACCAAUACAAUUACUCUUCCGAUCUGUUUCACCUCUGGGACAACAACCACUACAACCACUACAACCACUACGACAACAACCACAACCACAACAACCACAACGACAUCGGCUAGUACGACAUCCCCCACAACGACAUCCCCCACUACGACAUCGGCCACUACGACCACACCGCCAAUCAUUACGCUGCCCAUCAUAGGUCCCAUAGGGCCCAUAGAAAUAGGGCCAAUUUUAGGCGGCGGUAUCGGCAACAACGGUGGCCACACUGGCGGCAACAGCAAUGGCAAUGGCAAUGGCAAUGGCAGUGGCAAUGGGAGUGGCAGCCACAAUGGCAAUGGCAGCCACAAUGGCAAUGGCAGCCACAAUGGCAAUGGCAGCCACAAUGGCAAUGGCAGCGAAAAUGGCAAUGGCAGUGGCAACGACAACGGCAGCGACAAUGGCAAUGACAGCGGCAACGGCAACGGCAAGGGCAACGGCUAUGGCAGCGGCGGCCAGUUGCCCACGGCAUUGAAACCAUACUCAAUCAACGAGCACAAACAUCACCACGACAAAGGCCACGCCCACUAUGGACCAUACGAUGACUACUACAUCGCUGCCCAUGACCGCAACGACUACGGUACCUUGCCCACACCAUGCACAACCAAGAGAUGGGAAACAUCCAUGACUGAGUCUACCCCUGUCAAAACUAAGGCAUAUGACCAUUCAUGGGCUACGGAACCUGUCAGGGCACCUUGA